CCCUCCGGCGCGCGCUGACGCGGCUGCGCGGUGCGGCGGACGGUGCUUUUGCUGGAAAGUUUGUAUCACUCUUGAUAUUUUGGCGAAGGUAUCUCUCGACAAUGUCGCAUAGCGCUGGAGACGUACUCUGUUGGAAAUAUUGCCGGUAACGGGGAGAAGCACGAAUGAACAGAGCGGACAUGGCCGUUGCAGUCGCUCAGUGCCUCAGAGCUGCCGUGCCGUGGAUCUGGGGUCAGUUUGUACCGAAGCUGAAUGGAGUUUGUGCCGUUGGACACUGCGUACUGGCCUAGCUAACCACCACCAGAAACAAGUCCACCGGAGAGACACUGUAACACGAUGCUUUAACUACAGGAUAAUUCUCAUAUCUUGAUUGGCUUUAUCCAUCACCACCACCAUGUCUGAUCAAAACUACUACUGGACCGUGUUGCCGAGCUACAAAACUAGUUUUGUGACCGGGGCCAUGAUGAAAAGAUCUAAAAGUUCUCGUAACAACAAGAGAAGGAGUUUGGCAGUCGGGACCCCGUCGCCCACGCUCUCACGACCACUUUCACCUCUCCCACUUGCCACAGCUGGCAGCAGUCCCUCAGAAAGCCCCAGAAAUGUCUCUGCCAGCACCUCUGCCAACUUCCAGUUUGCCCGCAGCCAGCUGGCCCGCACUGAAAGAGCGGAUGGACGACGGUGGUCUGUGGCUUCAGUUCCCUCGUCUGGAUACUGCACCAACGCACCUAGUUCAUCAGUAUCUUCUUCUUCUUCCCAGGAGUUAUUGCACCAGUUGCCCUUCCAACCCACACAAGAUGAUCUUCACUUCCUGUUCAAACAUUUCCGGAGUACAGAGAGCGUGGCGGAUGAAGAAGGAGCACACCACACCUCGCCCCCUGUCAGGCUCCGUUCACGCAGUCUCAGCCCUGGACGGACCUGUGGAACAUUUGACAAUGAGAUUGUCAUGAUGAACCAUGUAUACAAAGAACGCUUUCCUAAGGCGACGGCCCAGAUGGAGGGUCGGCUGCUCGACAUCAUUGCAGAGUGUUCCCCGGGCACCGCUCUGCCCCUGGCUGAUGGUGUGCUGGGAUUCAUUCAGCACCAGCUGUUGGAGCUCGCCAGAGACUGUCUGGACAAGUCCCAGAAAGGCCUGGUCACCUCCAGGUACUUUGUAGAGCUACAGGAGAAGCUGGAGAAGUUGCUGCAUGAGGCAUAUGAGCGUUCAGAGAGCGAGGAGGUGACCAUCAUCACCAAACUGGUCAAGAAGAUUCUCAUCAUCAUCUCCAGGCCUGCCAGGCUCCUGGAGUGUCUGGAGUUUGAUCCAGAGGAGUUUUACCAACGUUUGGAAGCUGCAGAGGGUCAAGCCAAGGUGGGCCAGGGCAUCAAGACCGAUAUUCCCAGAUACAUCAUCAGCCAGCUCGGCCUCACCAGGGAUCCGCUGGAAGAGAUGGUCCACCUUGAGCAGACGAGCCCAAGUCACAGGUCAGCCAGCAGAGAGUCUGAUGACACUGGAGAGACAACACCUACACAGAGCCGAGCGGCAUGCACCCCUCCUCGUAGGAAACCACUGGAGAGUGACUUUGAGACUAUCAAGCUCAUUAGCAAUGGCGCCUAUGGGGCUGUGUUUCUGGUACGCCACAAGGAAACACGUCAACGCUUUGCCAUGAAGAAGAUAAAUAGGCAGAACCUGAUACUUAGGAACCAGAUCCAGCAGGUGUUUGUGGAACGUGACAUUUUAACCUUUGCUGAGAACCCGUUUGUGGUGUCUAUGUUCUGCUCUUUUGAGACACGGAGGCACCUCUGCCUGGUCAUGGAGUAUGUGGAAGGUGGGGAUUGUGCAAACCUUUUGAAGAACAUUGGUCCCCUUCCUGUGGACAUGGCACGGAUGUAUUUUGCAGAGACUGUGCUGGCGUUGGAGUACCUUCACAACUACGGCAUCGUACACAGAGACCUCAAACCUGACAAUUUGUUAAUCACCUCCAUGGGACACAUUAAGCUGACAGACUUUGGACUGUCAAAGAUCGGUCUUAUGAACAUGACCACCAACUUGUAUGAAGGACACAUUGAAAAAGAUACCAGAGAGUUCAUCGACAAACAGGUGUGUGGGACUCCAGAGUACAUCGCUCCAGAGGUGAUCCUGAGGCAAGGCUAUGGAAAGCCUGUGGACUGGUGGGCCAUGGGCAUUAUCCUUUAUGAGUUCCUAGUGGGCUGUGUGCCUUUCUUUGGAGACACACCAGAGCAGCUUUUUGGUCAGGUGGUUAAUGAUGAGAUCAUUUGGCCAGACGGGGAGGACGCUCUGCCAGCUGAUGCCCAGGACCUUAUCACCAGACUGCUGAGACAGAGUCCUCUGGAGCGUCUGGGAACAGGUGGAACCACUGAAGUGAAGAUGCAUAUGUUUUUCCUGGGUCUGGACUGGAACGGGCUUCUGAGGCAGAAAGCAGAAUUCAUACCUCAACUAGAGACUGAAGAGGACACCAGUUACUUUGACACCCGAUCAGAGCGCUACUGUCACCUGGGCUCAGAUGAAGAUGAUGAAACCAAUGACGAUGAAUCAUCUCUGGAGCUCAGACAGUUCUCCUCUGUGGCCCACCGCUUCAGCAAGGUGUACAGCAGCACAGAGCACCUGUCCACCUCCACACCGUCCAACCAGAGCCUCUCGUCAUCAGAGCGAAGCCACAGUGAGGAGAAGGAGGAGCGGUGGGAGGGCAGGGGAGUCCUUUCACCUGGCGAUGGGCACAAACACUUGGCUGGUGGAGAUAGGAGGGCAGAUGGACACAGGGGGAGUCUUCGUCCUCGUGCUUCAUCCAGUUCCUCUCAGUCAGAGCGCAGCGCCAGCCCACUGGUGAUGAACAGCACCCAGAGCCUCGACGUGAUGCCUCGCUUUGCCAUCGCUCCAGAUGAGGAGGAUGGUAUGGUUUCCAACCUGCGGCGUAUUCGUCUAAGGAGCAACAGCACAGGGACCAGGCCGUCGUUCAGGAGAGGGGCAUCCCGACGCAUUGCCCACCAGCUGGAGACCCCAGAGAAACCCAGAUCCCCAUCUGGCAAAGUCCCCAAGUCUGCCUCUGUCUCUGGCCUCUCUCUCAUCAUCACCCCAGACGACUCAGCUGGUCCUCCUACGAGCCCCAAAUCUUCCUUGUCCCUGUCGUCCAACCCCUCGUCCAGAGACUCGUCUCCCAGCAGGGACCUGUGUGUCAGCAUCAGCUGCCUCAGGCCUCCUGUGGUCAUCCACAGCUCUGGGAAGAGGUUUGGCUUUGCUCUGCGAGCUAUCAGGGUCUACAUGGGAGACAGUGAUGUCUACACCGUCCACCACAUGGUCUGGUGUGUUGAGGAGGGCAGUCCAGCACAUGAGGCAGGAUUGAGGGCUGGUGACCUCAUCACUCAUGUCAACGGGGAGUCGGUCCAGGGACUGGUCCAUACUGAGGUGGUGGAGCUCCUACUCAAGAGUGGCAACAGGGUGACUUUGCAGACGACUGCACUGGAGAACACUUCCAUCAAGGUGGGCCCUGCCAGAAAGUCGAGCUACAAGGCCAAGAUGGCCCGGCGCAGCAAGAAGAGCAAGAGGAAGGAUGGACAGGACAGCAGACGACGUAGCAUCUUGAAGAAGCUGUCUAAGCAUACGCCUCCUCCACCCAUGCAGAGCAGUCGCAGCUUCUCUUCAGGGUUCCACCAGUCGUCCAGUGACAGCCUCUCUGGUUCCCCCACACAGAGUCUCUCUCCUGGGCCUUCCACACCUUGCCGCUCCCCUGCUCCUGACCACUCUGGAGAUUCAAGUUCCUCUCCUUGCUCCAGCUCCCCUAACUCACCUGUACCACAGGCCCGCCCCAGUUCCCUACACGUACUGGGUCGCUACACCAAAGCUGGCCGCUGCAAGUCCACCAGCAGUAUCCCUCCCUCACCGCUGGCCUGCAUCCCACCUCCUCAGCCACUCUCUCCCCAGUGCUCUCCAUCGUGCCUCCCCAGUCACCCCAAGUCCCUGCAGGGCUUCCAUGGCAAAACACUGUCCCCUCCCACUAUCGCCCGCCAUUCUGUGCGCCCCCGCAGUGCAGAACCACCACGCUCGCCGCUCCUUAAGAGGGUCCAGUCAGCAGAGAAGCUGACAGGAGACAAGACGACAGGGGGUUACCACGGAGAAAGGAAGGCCUACAGCACCCGCCGCCACACCAUGGAGGUGCCUCUGUCUGAGGGGGAGGGGCUGGAGGACACGGAGGGGGACACUGCCACCGGGUUCGUUUGCGUCGGCGAGCACGGCCGUCAGGGGCUGUACAUCGGAGGGCAGAAAGGCCACCAGGACGCAGCCAGCGGAGGCAGUGACCAUCAUCGCUCCAGUGCCUCGCCACAACACCGCGGCGGCAACCACCACUCCAAAGAGGUGGUGGUGAUGAGGAAGCUGGCUCUGUCGGAGCGCAGGGACUCCUUCAAGAAACAGGAGGCCGUGCAGGAAGUGAGUUUCGACGACUUGGAGGAGAGAGAGGCGGCACCGAGCCCCCCGCUUCCCGUCACGCAGCCGAAGGCAUUCAAGGCGUCCUGGAUCAACUCAGCCCAGGUGGAAUCCAGCGUGAAGCUGGAAGGAAGAGGAUCACAGGGUACAAUAACACAGCAGAGAGCCAAGUCAAAAGACAAACAAGGGUUUUAGCUUUUCACUUUGCCAGGGAGAAUAGAUCAACAAAGUGAAGUCUUUAACCUGCUACUGUACUUACAUUUGAAGGCCUUGCAUGCAUGUCCAGAAAACUGUGACCAAGUCCCAAAAUCAUCAUAAGCAACUGCUCGAAGAUGGAAGAACAAAUUCAAAUCAAUGUUUCUCAGUAAUAUAUGCAUCCUGCGACACUGUUAACACAAUAAUGACUGCCAAACUGUGUUUACUUCCUAGUUGCUUCUUUUCUCUCUUGGUUCUCAAAUCACUGUGGCACCAGUAACUGAUGUAUUUUGUAAAUAUUUUUGUUUUAAAUGAAGAAACUUAUUUAUGACUUUUUACGCUCAUCUUGUUUUUUUUUUUGUUUUUUUUUGGUUUUUGAAAAUGCCUUUGGAUGCUUCAGCUGUUUUUAUUUCAGGAAUUGCACAAAAGAAAAAGACAUGCAAAAACUUCUUGGAGUGGUUUCUACAGUAGGUGCAGAAAAGGGGAGGUAACGUCGGUCAAUAUCGAACCAUAUUUCAUUUUUCUAUACCGCAAUGCCUGUCUAGAACUGGGUGUUGUUUUGUGUUCAGAUUGAGUCGUUGAAAGAAACCUACAGUGUUUUGUCUUGAAACAUAAUACUUAUUGUAGAAUUUGAAAAGAUAUUCUGUGCUGUGCCUCAGAGGAAAUCUAACAUAUACUUUGUGGUGGUGAAUAUUUAGACUCAUUGAUCCUGAACUCAGACUCUAUGAAUAUUAUAAAGGACAAAAUAUCAACAUCAUAAUACUUGGAAGUCUAGCACUGGUGCCAAAGCAUGGUCUAGCCAUAGGAACCAUUUAAAAAGCGGUACUGUAGUUGUACAUAAGAAGCUUCAUGCAUGCAUGGGCUUUACCGCCACUUGCUCUGUCUGUCCUGUUAAAAAAAAAAAAGAAAAAAAGUGUGUCAGUGCUGGCACUCUUCUAGUGGUGGUUUAAACCAUGACCUGAUUGACAUACAGGUGUGUAGAUAAAACUUUGCGGCUACCUUUGGAAACCAGGCUUUCAUCUCUGUCUCCUAAUACCUUGUUGAAUCAAGCCUCCAUCCAGCUCCUUACAAACCUAGUCUAUUUGAAGUGUUUGCACAAGUCGUAGUAGCCGUAGAACAGUUUAGAGCACAGUUAUAUUUCAGGACGAUCUCUCUUUCUGUGGGAUUCAAAUAUUGUACAGUGGAUGCAACAAACAAAACUGGCUCCCUUGGCUGUUUUUUUAAUGUGUAUUAUGAAUGAAUGUUUACAUUUUAGUGCAAAUGUAUGUGGACUUUUCAUGGUUUUUGUUAAAUUAUUAUGAGAAAAAAAAAAAAGAAUGACAGGGAAUGGAAGAAUUCAACCAGAAGCCCUGAAUGGAUGAAGGAAUGAACUGAGGUGAUCUCCUUUUGUAUAUUUUGAUAUGGACACAGUCUUGUUGCAGUACUAAUAACCUAUGCUGUUGAUGUAUAUUGUAUUAACAAUGGUGGACCUUAUAGCAGCUGUAGGUGUGUUUUUUUGAAAGUGACCUUGUAAGGGUAGAUGGACUCAGAAAUAAUGCGUAACGCCACCUAAGUGGCAUUGUCUUAACCCCCUGUUAUGAUCAACCUCAAAUGAUUGAGCACAUCCCAGUACAAUUUUCUCACAAUUUUAUAACACAUUUGGAAUUCUUUUUUUAAAGAUUGAAGUUAUUAAUCUCAUCAGAUAAGCCUUGAAUUCAUGAGUUAGAGUCACUGAUUUGAGCUUUAAGGAGGAGAUGUGAACAUCUGGGAUUUGGUUGUAUUUAUGUUCCCAUUUUGACACUGUUAUUUUAUUGUUUUCAUUGAGGAACUGCUUGGAUCAGCAACCAAAAAUGCUUCCAGUCUUACUUCAGAUUCAUUUGUUACGCAGAACAAAGGUGUGUCUUGUGUUCUUCGUUUAAUGAAGGCACACAUGUUUGUGUUUUGCAGAAGACUGGGAACUUUAAAUGGGAGUUUAUAAAGCUUGAAUAUUGGUUAUAGAUUGUGAGGAUUCAGACUAGAAGUUAGACAUUUGUUCAUUGUACUGUGGGUUAAAAAAAAUGUCUGUGUGAAAUUUAUCACUGAAUUUCUGAUGCAAUAUACAUCUUGGUAUGUUCUUUGUUGUUAUUUUGCAUCAACACCAAACUGUCACAGUGUCUCUUAACCUUAAGUUGUAUCAUGUUCUACUCUUAAAUCAAGAGUUCAUUUUGCAUAGAUCUCAGCAGUAGUCCAUACCAGGAGUUUAUCACACACCAAAAUGAAGAAGCAUCACAAGAAACUCCUCAUCUAUCCCCCUUUUUUUUAACUCCAUGUUUUCACUCGGGUGCUUAAUUAUCAUUCUUCAUAUUUGUCACACUUGUUCUAGCGUGAUUGUGUGUUAAAGUUGAUGCUCCCUACUUGACCUCCUUGUCCCUGAAUGACAAACUGGCCUUUGUGAAACUCUUACCAUGUGGGUAUCUGGUGCAGACUGGUGUGACAUUGUCUGUUUUUCUAUUGUCUUAACAGUGCUUGAAAUAAAUGAAUUGCAGAGGACUGGAAAGUCCAGGACUACAAA